AUGUCCGAGAAAAAGUUUAACAUUGAAGUACAAACUUUACAGCCUUUACGUGAGUUUCUUGCACAACUGAAAGAAGAAGGUAGUCAGCCACAACUUAUAGACUUUCAUUAUGAAUUUAAUGAAAAUGAAGAUGGAACUCAUGACUGUCAGUUUGUUAUAUAUUCACCAUUCAAUGAAGUAGCUAAAAAGAAAGAAAAUCCAUUACGUAUAAGGUUUCAAAUCUCUGAACCAAAUGAUGAUUUCAAGAAUGUUUUCAAUUAUGAUGCAAUGCUUCCGAGGAAAAAUGAAUUUUCAAAGAUUGUAACACCCGGCAUUUGGGAUAGAAAGCAAGCUAUAUUAUAUUCAAACUUAAGUAAGGGAGUUGAAAAUGAGUUCAUUGGUCAUACAAGAACUUCACCACUGUCAAAUCCUAAAUACUAUAAAUUAACUGGCUUCAAUCGUGAGUUUUGGAUAGACAUGUUCUCCACUCAUGACCAUAACUGCCCAGUGUUCUUACCUCCAGAUGGGAAGGACUGUCUCUACAUUGAAGCACAACUCUUAAACUCUACCAUCGCAGUUUUAUAA